CAAAUUUCUUACCGCUGGACCAUCUGCUUUCAACAUAACUUCUCUGAUUUCUCAAGCUGCUCAGCUCUCCACACAAGCCCAACCAUCCAAUCAGUCUCCAAUGUCUUUAACGUCUGACGCAUCAUCCCCACGAUCGUAUGUGUCUCCAAGGAUAAGCACACCCCAGACAAACACAGUCCCCAUCAAACCUUUGAUCAGUACUCCUCCUGUUUCAUCACAGCCAAAGGUUAGUACUCCAGUAGUUAAGCAAGGACCAGUUUCACAGUCGGCCACACAGCAGCCUGUAACUGCUGACAAGCAGCAAGGUCAUGAACCUGUCUCUCCUCGAAGUCUUCAGCGCUCAAACAGCCAGAGAAGCCCGUCACCUGGUCCAAAUCACACAUCUAGUAGUAAUGCAUCAAAUACAGCAGUUGUACCACAGAACUCCUCUGCCCGACCUCCGUGUUCACUAACACCGACGCUCGCAGCACACUUCAAUGAAAAUCUCAUCAAGCACGUUCAAGGAUGGCCUGCAGAUCAUGCGGAGAAGCAGGCAUCAAGAUUGCGAGAAGAAGCCCAUAACAUGGGAAGUGUUCAUAUGUCAGAAAUUUGUACUGAAUUAAAAAAUUUAAGAUCUUUAGUCCGAGUAUGUGAAAUUCAAGCAACUCUGCGAGAGCAAAGGAUACUAUUUUUGAGACAACAAAUUAAGGAACUCGAAAAGCUAAAAAAUCAGAAUUCCUUCAUGGUGUGAAGAUGUGAAUAAUUGCACAUGGUGUUGAGAACAGGAACUGUAAAUCUGUUGCCCAGUCUUAACAUUUUUGAGCUGCAUUUAAGUAGACUUUGGACCGUUAAGCUGGGCAAAGGAAAUGACAAGGGGUCGGGGUCUGUGAGAUUCACUUCAGGGGAAAGAUACAAGAUUGAUUUGUAAAACCCUUGAAAUGUAGAUUUCUUGUAGAUGUAUUCUUCACGUUGUAAAUAUGUUUUGUAGAGUGAAGCCAUGGGAAGCCAUGUGUAACAGAGCUUAGACAUCCAAAACUAAUCAAUGCUGAGGUGGCUAAAUACCUAGCCUUUUACAUGUAAACCUGUCUGCAAAAUUAGCUUUUUUAAAGAAAAAUUUGGGGGGUUAAUUUAUCAUUCAGAAAUCUUGCAUUUUCAAAAAUUCAGUGCAAGCGCCAGGCGAUCUGUGUCUAAGGAUGCGAUUUUGAACCAUAUGGGCAGUGUACAAAAUAUCAUGAAACAACUGUUUCCACACUUGCACCUGAUCAAGAGCAGUGCUUCUCCAUUUGUUUUGCAGAGAAAUGUUUUUCAUUUCCCGUGUGUUCCAUUUCCCUCUGAAAUCCUUGAUCUGAUUUUAUCCAUUUUUUAAGGCUCCUCUUUUUCUCCUUUCUUAAGGCACUGUUGCUAUGGCACUUUUCUAUACCCUUUUCAUUCCUGUGUACAGUAGCUUAAAAUUGCAGUGAUUGAACAUAACCCACUUGUUUGUAUAAAUUAUUGAAAUCCAUUUGCACCCUGUAAGAAUGGACUUAAAAGUACUGCUGGGCAUGUGUGCUGAAAGUACAUUGAUUGCUCAAAUAUGAGGAAAUGGCCCAAUGAACAUUGUUGUGGGAGGGAAGAGGAAACAAAGCUAGUCAGAUGUGAAUUGUAUCUGUUGUAAUAAACAUGUUAAAAGAAACAAAUUGUUAUUUUUCUUUACCUUCGGUCAAUGCAUAUUAGAAUUUGAACUACCUGGGGAUUCUUUAUCAAAACUAUUCUUGUUGAACAUUUAUACUUCAUUGAAACAAUUCCUUAAGGGAGGUUUUGUUUAAAGCAUAUUAACAGGAAAAUGUGUAUAAGACUAUUUAAUGAAAUAAGAAAUUCAACAAGAACAAUUAAGUCACUUCCCAAGUGGUUGUCAUUUGUUAAAACCCUGGUUUACCUGUCUUGCUAUUAUGACAUUUCAUUUUGAAGGAUGUUUGUGUUGUAGCUAACUGUUCAAGUCUGGUGCUGACUGCUGUUCUUAGCCAUCACAAAAUGCUAAAUUUGUGUAAUUGGAGCUUCCUGCUGUUACCUGGAGACGGUGGGAAAGCUCAGCUUUGUAUAUUGUUUCCUAAAGUAUAUUAAAAUAAAAAAAGAAACUAUU